AUGAAGGAGACCCAGAUGAUCGAUUCUUUUCCUUCACCCCGAAUUACCAUCACAAAAUCGGGCAAUGUGUUUGGAGAAACAAAUGACAUUUUGAAUGGUGAUGAUGAAGGAGAGGAUGUUUUUAAUUUAUUCCGAAAGAAAACAGCAAGUAGUGGUGGUGGUGUUGCACCUCGACAGCCAAUUCUCAACAACACUGUCAAACGUUCAACAGUUGUUGUUGGUAAUGUGGUCGAGUUGGAAGUACCUCCAACAGUUUCGCGAAGUUCAUCUCUUUCGAGCCUUAUUGAUGAUUUAGACUCGGAUUCGAAUGUUCAAUACAAUAAUAAUGAUCAAAAACUAUCAAAGCCAGCCGCCAACCAUUUAUUGGGAGAUAAUUUUUGUCCUCCUUACAACAUUAUGAAGGCGAGUAGUGAAAGCAUAUGUUUGCACAGUACGGAAGAGGAAGAUCUAUCCUCUCAAAUCAAGGAAUCAAAGCCUCAUGACAGAAUUCUCAAGGAAUUACUUUUGAAUGAGUUUGGACUUGCAGAGAGCUCGACUUUGAGUUCCGCAAUGACAUCAUCAACAACACCGAACGCCCUAUUGAAUAGUACACAUGUCACAACAACAAAAGAAGCAACUCAUCCAUCAAACACAUUACAAAUUCAAACAAAUGUAAAAACAAAAGUGGUUUCAAAAACAUCACAUGCCGCUACAAGUAGCUCAACAACAAAUUCCCAUCAGAAAUCCAACACACCAAUAAGGCCCAAAGUGAAUUCUCACAAUGGCUCAACUACAUCCAAAUUGUCAUCAAGACAUCCUCGGCCAGGUUCUGCUCCCCUUAAAAAGGCAUCGCAUGCCUCAACCAAACCUGAGGACCCUAAAAACUCUAAGGUCGAUCCUCUUAUUUUGAAUCUUGAAAAAGCAAUGAACACUCUCUAUGUAAAACCGCAAACUGAACCUCAAAAUACACCCAUUAUUUCAACCAUGAUUGUGGUGACACCUGAACCUCGUGGAGAUUCGCCGUCUCCAUUUACGGAACAUAAUUCCACACCAACAAAAUCCUCCUCACCACCGUUGUCACUUCCUCAACAAAACGAAACUUCUCAUCAUCAUGAACAAACUCUGAAAAAACCACCACUAAGCAUCAAAAUUGAAUCCCCAAGUCAUGUAAAUAGCACCUCCAAAACCAAGUUAGUGAAAUAUGAGGGUACAAGAGUGUAUCAAGGAAAAAACCAAACCUCCUCCUCCGCCAGUACGAACAUCCAUAAUUCCAUGGUGCCACCGUCUCAACCACCUCAACAACAACAACAGAAACAUCCCAAAUCUCAAACCACUUCCAAUAAUUGUAAACCACCUUCCUCAAGCAUCGGGGUGACUACUGGAAAUAAUGAUGGAGAUGCUUCUCACUCGAAAUCUCAACAGCCAUCACCCAACACUAACCACAACAACAAUCAAAAACUUUGCGUUUGGGACCGUAUCAAACUAGGAAGUAAUGCAAUACAAAAACGAAUCGACACCAUGAAAACAUCACUCCAAAGAGGUGGAAGCCAGCUUUCACUAACUACAAUGCUCGCACCAACCUUAAGUGCCACCAACGGUACAUCCAAAAACAAUCUACUCUCUGAUUUGAAACGAAUCGGCUCGAAGCGAGAGUUGUCAACACCAAAGCCCAAAAUUCCAAACGAUAUUUUUAAUACUUCCUCAAUUCUUUUCAAAAUUCAUGAUUUAAUUCAAAACAAACUUUUAAGGGAACGAGAAACAAGAACCAGUGACAAGGUCAAGUGGCGUCUCAAGAAAAAAUUUAAGCGUCUAAUUGCACAACAACAAUCUGAAAAGAAAGAUCGACAGCUUAUUGGAAUUUAUGAGCAUAGAAAAAGAUUGACUCGAUUUCAAAUGCAAGCAGUUUUAAAUACUGUGGAUCCGUUACGAUUAAUCCCUCAACAUAAUGACAAUGAAGAGGGUCCUCCUCAAUCAGUUCAAAAAUCGCACUCAGCCAUAGCUUCUAAUCAUUUCCUAAAAUCUGGCACAUCAUCAAAUGAGAAUAGUGCAAGAAAUUCCAUUCAUUCAAACUCGAAUGGAUCUUCCAAUAACUCCACCUUAAUAGAUUACCAUGAAAAAAAUCGAGAAGAAAUUAUGAAACAACAGAAAAUAUUGGAACAGCUGGCAUCAGAACUUUUUCAACAAGAUCACAACUCGAGAAAGGUGAAAUUUGGAGAUGAAAAAUCAACAAAUUCAAGUACUAACAAUUCUAGCACGCAAUCGUCCAUCCAGGAAAAAUCUUCUGUAGACUCCCUUCAUCAAGAAUGUCACCAUGAUCAUUCAACUCUCAUUCGCAAUAGAAUUUCAAAUCAUCCGUUAUCGCAGAGGCCACAUUCUGCACCUCUGAGGGGAGUUAUUGCUGCCAAUCAUGAUCAAAAAAAGAAUUCUCUUCAAGACAUGAUGAUUGAGAAGGAAGUUUCUAAACGAAAGGCGAAUGCUUUCUUGUCGAAUGCAUCCAAAUCUUCCCACUCUUCUAAACACUCGUCAGCUCUCUCAAAAACCUUUUCAGAAACCAAGUUGAAAUUAUUUAAUCCGUACGCACCAAAAGUGCCACUCAAGGAUGCUUAUUGUGGUGAUUCGGGUAAUGCUUCUCAACAAGAUGAACAUAGGGCAAAAAAUAAGGGAAACACUUUGGUCAUUGAAUUUCAAAAAAUGGUUCUUCAAGAAAAUGAAUUGAAGCAGGGAGCUUUGAAUCACAGCUCAGUAACUUCAGAAAUUGAGGAAGGACCCACCACUGAUUUGUAUGAUUUCAGUAGCGUUAACCCAUUCGAUGCUGUUAAAAACAUGAAUAUCACCUCAAAGCCGCAGCACAUGCCUGAAAUGCAAAAAUUUUCAUCCUUUUCAAAUGCAGAAAAAGAAGGAAAGAAAGCAAUCAUUGCUCAACAACAAAACCCACUACGAAAAAGGGUAAAAAUCAAACCACCUUUAGAUACUGGACUAAAAAUUAAGGAAAAGAGAGAUCCUGUUUUAACCACAGGAAUUGUUUGUGAUAUUGGCAAGUUCACCCUGUGUUAA